GGCUUGAGCGGUUUUGAUAAUCCCAUGCGUGAUGCUGAUACAAAAGUAGCGAAAAAAUCAGUCGGUGAAGGUUUCAAAAUUAAAAUGGAUGAUAUUGGUAAUAUACUUAUCAAACGUUAUGGCAAGAGCAAUGUCUUCGUACACAACACUUCAAUGGCUAACGAGGAGACGGUUAUUGGCGCGGAUAUAUUACAAAUGCCAAAUAUGGCGCUAGCGCCAGGCACAUCAGCAAAGCUCUUCGAUAUGCGCAAAUAUACGACUAAUAUAAAUCGUGAAUUCUCACGUUCAUAUCCGGAAAGUAGACGUCUGGAACGACAAUGCUUGUCAGCCAUUUCAUUAGUCAAAUCCAAUAAUAAUCUAAUCAAUAACCCGCUUUGGAUUCUGGUCAUUAAUAUAGUCGCUAUUGAUAUGCUGAAAAAUCGCUUGCAGGCGCUACCUAAGUCGCUGGAUGCGAUGGGUAUGCGUGUGCCGACAGCAGGCAGUGAGGAUCCGUAUUCAACCAUUGAGAGUCAGGUCGGUCUCAUUUAUCCCACACCUGCCGCUUCUGAUGACUCGAAUAAUUCAAAUAAUUCGAAUCAUUCGAAUCAUUCAAGUCAUUCGAGUAAAGGACGCCGUCGCAGCGUUUUUAAUGCAGGAUUUAUCGAUGAAAGCCCAUAUGUGCCAAAGCCCGAUUAUGAAGUCUAUAAUCAAUCAGUGCCAAUGCUCACGCCAACACAAAAGAGUAGUAGUAAAUCUGAACAACGUAAGAAACAAGAUGAUCCCUAUUAUUGUGGUCUACUAGCUCGUAUACCGAAUUUCAUUAAGUCUUCAAAGAAGAGUCCAAAACAGAAAGAGCCGAAAAUUUCGCGUAAAAUCUCUGCUUCACAACAACAAAUUGUCGAGCCGCAACCUGCACAACCGCUACCCAUUGCCACAUUUCAUCAGUAUCCGGCACACCAGCCACCCUACUAUCCAUAUAAAUUACUUCAUGCGCGACAUCAUCGACUCUCCCAAUCGCAGUUAUCAUUGUGGGAUGCGCGCAGCCUGAUUAGUGCGCAUGAGUAAGAGCGGGUAGUGGGGCAUUAGCGAUGCAACUAUGUAAACGGGCAGAAUGAAAUUGGAGAGAAUAAAUGUUAGAAAAAUGUUUGGAGCAAUAACGAUUUAAUUUUAAGCAUUUUUUAUAAGGAUGCAUGUGAUUUUUUACUUAAAUCAAUAUGAAAAAUAUACAUAUUUAUACAGUGUUUUGUAGAAAGGAAAGUGCAAUUAUCGCUUGAAAUUUUAGCGCACUAUAUUGGCAAAAUGAAUUGAAUUUGAAAAAAAUUGUAUCAAACAUACAUGCAUACACACGUACUUGACAUCGGUUAUUAUUUUUUAAUACAUAUCGCGUGUUUACGGGAAGAAUGUCGCUUCAAAAAAGAAAAAAAUUAAGGAAGUAAAAUAAAAUAGAGGUCCAGGGACUGUCAAAUCGACCAAGAACUUUUUUUCUCAUAUAACAAAGUUUCGUCAAAGAAAAAAACUAAAAGUUUUUUUUCGAAAGUUAUGCGAAAUUCUAAAUUUCAUAAUUUUUGAAUACCUCAGAAACUAUUAUACAUAGUUAUAAAAAUGGUUCUGGUUUCAUUUUAAAUUAGAUAUUUAGAGCUAUAAAAAAAGAAUAAAGUAAAUUUGACAAUAAGCAAUCUACAGAAUUAUGAAAUUGAACAAAUCGUGAAGGCGAAGACCCGAUUUUUAAUACAAUAUGAACUUAUAAACAUU